AACCAGCAGCAGUUGCUGGCUGGGCUCCUCUGUAACUAUAAAAACAUCCCAAGUGCCUCUACAUCCUCCCAUCAACCGAACACAAAUAUUUCCCUCUAUUUUCAUCAGAAGUACCCAAUUGAUUAGAAAGAAGUUUGUAAAGAGAUGGCAACUUCAGUAAGCAGAGCAUCUUGGAUCGUGGCUGCAAGCGUGGGAGCAGUUGAAGCACUCAAAGAUCAAGGAGGAGCGUGCAGAUGGAACUAUGUGUUGAGAUCCCUCCAUCAACACGCUAAGAGCAACAUAGGUUCCUCUUCUCAAGUCAGAAGAAAACUUCCCGCUUCUGCUUCUUCUUCAAUUGAUAAAUUAAGGGAAGAGAGGAGACAAGAGAAAGCUAGGCAGUCUGAGGAGUCAUUGAGAAAAGUUAUGUACUUGAGCUGCUGGGGACCCAAUUAGAUGGAUAUAUAGAUUGAUGUUAGGGUCAAAGCACGGAGAUGGCCCAAAGAUCAAAUUAAGAGAUCGGUUGCCUUCGAUUCUUCUUUGAUUUGUACACAAUU